GGAAGAGAACUAUUUUGAAUCUGAUACGCUGGAUAUAGAGACAGACCGCAUGAGCCAGUAGUCAAGAUCCAUGUCUGCCUAAAACAACUGGAAGCUGAAGUGGACCUUCACAGGAGCCAUCUGCCAGACCCUCAUCCACAGUUAACAAAAUGCCACAGACAAUUAAUACUCUUCUUCUAACCCUAACUGUUCUGGCUUCAGGUAAAGCAACAGAAAUUUGUAACGAUGAAGGAACUUAUGAUUUCAAAACCAUUGUAGAUGAUGGAGAGCCUGUUUAUGUCACCUGCCCUUUGAUAACUGACCCAACAGAAAAUAAUUUUAAUAUUUCCUGGUAUAGAAAUGGAUCCCAAAUUCAAAUGAGUUUUGAUAAUAAGUUAAGAGUUCAUCAAGACGAAUACAAUCUCAAGUUUAUCCCUGCAAGUCUGGAAGAUUCAGAUUAUUAUAUGUGCAUUAUCAGAAACUCCUCAAAUUGCUUCCAAAUGCUUGUAAAAUUAGAAGUGUAUAAGCAUGACGAUGGCUUGUGUUAUAGCAGCUCAUCAUUGUAUUCAUUCAGAGAUGUGAUACGUCCGACAAUUAGUUUAACUUGCCCAACUUUUGAUGGCAAGAGUCGUGAUAUUAUAUGGUUUAAGGAUUGCACCCCUUUGGAUUCCAAGAGUAAUAAAUAUUUUUCAGUGGAAAAUUUAUUAUCUAUAAAUAAUGUGACAAAACAGGAUGAAGGAAAUUAUACGUGUGAAGCAUCUUUUUAUUAUAAUGGUGCAAGCUAUACCAUUUCACGUACUUUGAAUCUUGUGUUACGCGCACGAGUGAUAACAAGUUCUCCUGCCAUCAUAAGGCCAGCAAACAACAUUUUGCCAGUUGACUUGGGAUCCCCACUGAGCCUUGUCUGUGAAGUGCAGUCCAAAAAAAAGUUUUUUGAUGUAGACAUAAUAUAUUGGACGUUUGAUAACCAAUCAAUUGAAAUGUAUGAUGGCUUUGAUGAAAGGGUUAUAACUGGUGCACCAUACCAAAAAUCUCCAGAAUUGUCUGUCGUUGAGCUUAACUUUACAGAAGUUAAAGAAAUUGACUAUAACAGGAAAUUUUUUUGUACAGUCUAUAAUGAGGCAAAUAUUAAAGCCUAUGUUAUGCUUAAGCAUCCAGAUCCCAAUUUCCAGGGAUUCUUGAUUGCAUUUUUUGUAUCACUGGUGUGCGUCGUCAUUAUCCUUUUAAUAAUAUUGAAGAUGUUCAAGGUGGACAUUGUUCUUUUUUGUCGCAGCAUCUGUCCCUCAAAAGCAAAUCUGAAAGAUGGGAAGUUCUAUGAUGCUUACAUUAUGUAUCCAAAAGAUACAAAAGGAACCAGCUCCGUUACCAUGGGUGUCUUUGUAUUAAAAGUUCUACCUGAGGUUUUGGAGAGGCAAUGUUCUUACCGGCUCUUCAUAUUUGGCCGCGAUGAUAUACCAGGACAAGCCACUGUUGAUGCUAUAGAUGAAGCUAUUACUAAAAGCAGAAGACUUAUCCUUGUUUUAGGGAACACCUCUAGUGGAUUGGAGAAUGACUUUGAGCAACAAAUUGCAAUGUACGAUGCUCUUAUCCGGAAUAAAAUUAAGGUUAUCUUGGUUGAAAUUGAAAAGAUUUCAGAUUACUCAAACAUGCCAGAAUCUAUCAAAUACAUCAAACAAAAGCAAGGUGUGGUCAGAUGGAAAGGAGAAUUCACAGAGGCAGAACUUUCCCCAAAAACAAAGUUCUGGAAAAACAUUCGAUAUCGGAUGCCUCCAGAACAGCAUCGGCUUUCAAAAAACUCAAAUGACAGAAUGUCUGAAAAGUUGUAGCACUCAAUCUGUAAAGAAGAAUUCAAACAAAGUGAUCAGUUAAAAGAACAGUUUUCUAUCAAUGGCAUACUACAUGACACCUGCACUUCUAACGCACUUUGUGCAGAAAUUAUAAAAAAAACAAAAAAACAUUUAAACUAACUGUUUGAAGCUUGGCUCGUCAUAUAUAAAUUAAGUGCAUUAUGUACCAUAUAGGAUAAAUACACGAACAAAACACUGUUCCUUUAUUGUGUGUUUCACAGUUUGCUACCCAUAGUAUGGAAAAUUCCAAGGAGAUCAAGACCGUGCUAUGGUGACAACUUGCAUUUUUGAAAUAUUGGGGGGACUAUUACAUUACAAAUGCAUGUUGCAAACAAUGAUGCCCUUUAAAUCUAAACCUGGAUAUAGAGUUAUUGGUGGGACAAAAAGCAGACUAUCUUCAGUAUCCUGCUGGUUUGUGAUAACCACAAUGUUGAUGGGUUGGCACUAUCACCCAUUUCCCCUUGUCCCUACAAGUAAAUGAGUAUUUCAUAAAGAUAGAAUCUUUAUGAAAUACUC